AUGGAAGAGAACAGCUCUGAGUGCAAUGACAGCACCUCUGCCUGGGCACCGAUGCCCUCUGCUCCCAGCAGACAUCUGGCCACACAACCCAGUCCACAGACACGACUAAAGGACCUAACGGGGAUGUUUUUCAUGGUGACCCUGAAUGUUCUGGCUCUGCUUGCAAACACUGCUGUUCUGGUGGUGGUCAUAAAAGCCCCACAUCUCAGGAAAUUUGCCUUUGUGUGCCAGCUCUGUGCUGUAGACCUGCUGUGUGCCAUCCUGCUGAUGCCUCUUGGCAUCGUGGCCAGCUCCCCUUACUUUGCUGGUGUGGUGUUUACCAUGCUCGAGUGCCAGAUCUACAUCUUUCUCAACGUAAUCCUCAUAGCUGCCUCAAUCUUCACCAUCACAGCCAUCAGUGUGGAGCGGUAUUACUACAUCGUGCACCCCAUGCGCUACGAGGUCAAGAUGACUCUGAAGCUGACUGCCGCUGUCAUGGUGACGGUAUGGGUGGCCUCUGCUGUGCUGGGAUUGUCCACCGUGCUUGGAUGGCCUUCUCACAGCAGCCUGAGCUCCAUCAGUGCCUCACGCUGCUCGCUUUACUGGAGCCACAGCGACCACAGACGCGUUUUCUCUGUGCUCUUCAGUGUCAUCUGCUUCUGUCUGCCAGCUGCUGUGAUUUUUGCGGUUUACUGUAACGUGUACAAGGUGGCGCGCGUGGCAGCCCGCCAGCAUGGACCUUUGCCCUCAUGGACAGCCAACCAGCUGAAGCACCGGUCUGACUCCAUAAACAGCCAGACGACCAUCAUCACAACUCGCAACGCCCCGCAUAAGAUUUCACGGGAGCGGUCUUUUGGGGGUGGGAAAGCUGCUCUUACCCUGGUGGUUAUUGUUGGCGAGUUUCUAAUCUGCUGGUUGCCUUAUUUUGCAUUCCACCUCCACCUGAUUGUAAAUGCAACACCAAGAAUCCCUGAUGGCAUGGAGGUAGUAAUCACCUGGCUAGCAUAUUCUUCCUUUGCCAUCAACCCGUUUUUCUAUGGGCUUCUCAACCGGCAGAUCAGGGAAGAGCUCUGUAAACUCAGGCGCUGCUACUCAUCGAGGUCUAUGGAGCUGGCUAUAUCCAGCCAAGACGGUUCAGGUCAUGAGAACUUCCUGCAGUUUCUCCACAGGACCAGCUGCACCUUAGAGACUCGAGCUAGCUUCGCAAUAUCCAGUCCCCGAUGUACUCUGGAUCAAACUGGGCAGACUAGUUUCAGGAUACCAGGACAGAUCCCAGAAGAGUUCAGCUGA